ACCCGUGUUUUCCAUUCUUCAGUCGCCAACCUACCCUGUCAACUGCACCACACCGAUUCCAUGACUUCCAGCACGUCAACACCUCCCGAGAGGGAGGCAAACAAAAAGCAUAAAGAGUUUGUGUCAUGCAGGCAAACACUACAUUUUCUCGUUUUUUUCGGUUUCAUGGCAAAUUACAUGCUAAGAGUUAACUUGUCUCUAACUAUUGUAGAAAUGGUUGGGCACCAUCCACAGAGGAACAGUAAUUUGUCGGGCCUAGCUAAUGAGACCAAUGAUGACACCCUCACCUCCAACUAUACGUCAAAUAAAGUGAGUAAAUUGAAACCUAGAAAAGAGUACGGGUGCUAAAGACGCACAUCCCCU